AUCGGAGGAGCUCAAGCUAGCAGAAUGCAACUGCCACACACCCACAUCACUUUUGUGUCAACCACUUCGCGGGAGUUGUCGCUCCAGGAGCAAUCUGACACCAUACAAUCAACCAUUUAGCACCAUUCAUCGCUUGAUACGUUCCAACUAAAGGGCAACGCCAUGUCUGACAGAAAGUCAGUGAUAAAGAACGCCGACAUGUCGGAGGACAUGCAGCAGGACGCCGUGGAGUGUGCCACACAGGCCCUGGAAAAGUAUAACAUCGAGAAAGACAUUGCAGCUUUCAUUAAAAAGGAGUUUGACAAGAAAUAUAACCCUACGUGGCACUGCAUCGUUGGGAGAAAUUUUGGGAGUUACGUUACUCAUGAGACCAAGCAUUUCAUUUACUUCUACCUGGGUCAGGUAGCCAUCUUGCUGUUUAAGUCCGGCUGAGGGAUGUCUGCAUUUCCCCAAACCCCAACUGACCACACAAUACUGACGGAGCUCACAAAAGGCACUUAUCAUUCCUUGGCGAAGGGCCGCUGCCUUUUUCUGUGCUGCAUUCUGCUUUGUUGUUUUUGACUAUAAGAAUGGCCAUGUUUAAGAGAUGAAACACUUGUAUUUAUUUUUGUCUUGUUACUUUGGACAUGUCAGUUUUUUAAUUAAAGUUUAAAUGUCAAGUG